AGCACGCGCAGUUCAACGUCACGUUCAUGUUGCAUUUUUAUGCGAUACACACAAGCUUUUUAUUCACUUCAAUUUUCUGACCUCUUGUCAAUUAUUCUGCAUUGAUCAUUGAGCAGGUGGAUUUUUGUGUGGCAAAUGGAUUUGAUUUGAAUAUUUGAUGGUGAAAUUUUUGUGCAAAGAAUUUUCUCCUAUAAAAAAUAUUUUGUACGUCGGAAGUGAGGCAAGUUUCAAAUAUUGAUUGACUUUUCAUCUAGUUUGAUCAUCAGCAAUUGAAAGCUGAUUGACACAUUCAUCGCUCGACGCUGAAAACGACCAACGAAACACAUACAGUGAAUUAAACGAUGUGACUGGAGAAGUGUAAUCCGUUAGUUUUUUUUCUCAACCCAUUGCAAGCGAAUAAAAUCCUAUUUGUUGCGGCAUAAUUACUGUUCAUCAACCCGAUUUUGCGAAUUAAAUUGCGUGUUAUUGUGUUCAAAUUACAAGAGAAGAAAAAAAGUUUUGAAACAAUAUUAAAAAAAAAAACGCUAGAAGAAAAGAGACUAACCGAGAGAACCGUGGCUAAAAAAGUGGUUGCGGGAAACUGCGGUGUAAAAAAGUGUUGACCCAUAACCGGAGUGAAAUAGGAAACAAAACGAAUAAUUAAUGAAAAAGUAAUUAAGUUGGAGAAGAAGCCUAUAAAUUGCGGAAAAAAAGGUCGGGCCAACGAGAGCAAGAAGAAAAAAGAAUUCAUAUGAACAGUGAAGAGUAAAGAAAAGCAAAUCUACUCGAAUAGUAACCUUUUUCCGCUGGUGCAUCCCGAGUGCAACGAAAAUAGACAAAAAUUCAUAAGUGAUAUUUUUACGAGCAUAUAUUUUGCGUCGAACAAAAAGCUCUUUUCAGCUUUUCAUGUGUGUGUAUGUAGAAAAAAUGGGCAUGCGUUUUACAAUUUGUGUCCGAUGUAUGGCUGCUUAGUGUAUUUCUGUUAAGCUGCUUAAACGAUUACAUUAGUGGAAUAAAAAUAUUCACAAUAUGUUUAUUUUUGUUUUUUAAAUGUUCACAGUACGCGCUCAUAAAAUUUGUGUGUGUGUGUAUAUGAUACAAACAAUUUAGUGAACACUGAAACUGCAUCGGGCUUAAAAUACAUUGAAGUGCUGCACAUAAAUGAAUUAUAAGACUGAAAUUGAAUAGAAAAUGCCGAGCACUAUUGCUGAUUGUGACAAGUGGAAUAUGUUUAAAUGAAAUCAUCCCCGUUACAGCAACUGAACAGAGUGCAUAUUAGAGAGUGAGCGAACGAGCGGGAUGAGACUGAAAACCGAGUGAAGCGAAUCAAUUUUAAAUUGCGAACGAAAAUACAUCCGAGCAUUGGGCAAUUAGCCGUGGAAAACUCUCAUCAUCAUCGUAGUUGAGUGCUCAUUUUGGUGUAUAAUGGUUUUUUUUAUUCUGAAACGGGAAACAUUUGCGUUGGAUUCCUUUGACACCGCGUGUGAAUUGAAAUAUUUGAAACAAAUGUUUCAAUGAAAUAAAAGCGAAUUAUCCCCGAUCUGCAAUUGAAGUGAAUGCGUGUGAGUGAGAGACCAUCAAGUGCUCACAUAAACUGGAUUAACGGAUUUUCAUGUACUCGGUAAAUUUCAUCGCUCGACACACUGUGCUGAACCGUGCAAAAAUAUAAACUCAAUAGAGAGAUAGAGAAAAUCCCGUUACGAAGAAUUUUCCACCCAUAGAAUGAUCGAAUAACAUUCGUUCCUUUUUUUUUCUAUACACCACAUUUUGUGUGCGUGUGUUGUGUGUGUGUUUUUUUUUAAUUCAACAUCAAACUGAAAUUGAUAAACGUGAACUGAUAUACAAUUUAUAUUCAAAUUGGGUUUUGCUUAUUUUCGAUACGAAAAUACAACGAUACAAUAACGAACUGAAUAGAAGGGAAGAAAAAAAAUACCCAGAAAUAUCCACCGAGAAUAUUGAGACUGAUUGGAUUUUCUAUGUUGCAUUUGAAUACAUUUUCCUAGCAAAAUUUCCAUCAAUGAAUUUCUGAAUGUAUUUUAUUAUGGACAGAGAUAGUUGUUGAAUUUAUCGCUUCGAGUAUUAUUAUUGUGUUAUGUGAUUUGUCCGAAAUUUUGGCCAAACAGAACCAAAACUAAACCGCAUUCGAUUCAACUCUUCAUCAAACACCGACACACAUACCCAUACCCAUACAUUAAACAAAGUAAUAAAUUUCGAUACGAACAUAUUGUGUGCAUCAAGUGUUGUUAUUUAUCCAGAAGCAUCCAUUCAGCACCGAUCGGAUUGUACCGCCUGUUGACAGCCAUUCAUCACCAUUUGGAAUACAGCUACUGAACCCAACAACCAUCGAACUACCGAAUUAGUUCUAUACAUUUAAUCACACAUCUCUGGAUAUUCGAAGCUAAAUCUUGAACAAAUCAUACGAUGAUUUAAUGUACCUGAACGAGCCUUAAGAAGAAACGAGAAACAAUAUACAAGUUCACUGCAUUCAAAAUAUGACGGCCGCGUUCUCACUCAAAGAGUUGAUACAUUGAACAAUGCAAUGAAAUCAUAACAACGUGGAAAACGGCAAAGAGUGAGAGACUACAGUGAACAAGACGAACGAUAAAAUUGACCAACAACAACGAGAAAAAAAUUAUUCGAAAUAAUCAAAUAGAGAUAAAUUAUUUUCUGAACGAGAUUAUUUAUUCAUACGAGCGGGAGGAAAAUAUAUAUAUAAUUUCCACAAAAUCGUUACGUGACUGAAUUCGAAAUUCAAACGAGCACGGGAUAACGAUAACGAGCGAGCGAGCGAGCGAGAGAGAGAAACAUUACGAAAGCAAACGAACGACAGAGAACAAAAAUGGAUUUAUUGAAGAUAUUUUUAUUGAUGGCAAUUUUCGUGCAAAAUUGUUGUUGCGAUUCAGCAGAUCAAGCGUUCACAUUGGAACCGGAAGAUCAAUCGGCCGUAAUCGGAUCGAAAGUGUUGCUGCAGUGUCGCGUCGAACAUAAACAGGGCGUUUUGCAGUGGACUAAAGAUGAUUUUGGUCUUGGAACGGAGCGGAAUUUAAGCUUAAGCGGUUUUGAACGUUACACCAUGAUUGGCAGCGAUGAUGAUGGAAAUUAUACGCUGCAAAUCGAUCCGGUCACACUUGAUGAUGACGCUAAAUACCAAUGUCAAGUGAGUCCAGGACCACAAGGGCAGAAAGAACUUAGAUCUGAAUUUGCAACACUGACAGUGCUAGUGCCACCAAAAGCGCCGCGUAUUCUUGUUGGUGAUUCACAGAGCGACUUCAUGUUAACUACCGAAAACACAGAUAUCAAAUUGGUUUGCAUUUCGGAAGAAGGCAAACCGGCAGCAACGUUGACUUGGCUUGAUAGCGAUGGCAACCCAAUUACGGAAGGUGUCGAAAAAACAAAGGAAUUAUUACCAGAUGGUAAGCUAUUUACCGUGAAAUCAACGCUUCGAAUGCCAGCGAAAAGUGAGCAUCACAAUAAAACGUUGACGUGCCGUGCCAGGAGUGCUGCCGAUAAAACGGCGAAAAAAGCUUAUUUCAAAAUUGAGGUUCAGUAUGCGCCCAAAGUGAAGCUUUCUACUUACAGCAAACUGGCUCCCACUAAAACCAAUUUUAAUUCGUCAUCGGCGUCAAAAGUGAAAGAAUCAUCAAUUUUGGAUGGUUCUGAAGUACAUUUCAAGUGCGACACCGAAGCCAAUCCAAGCGAUGUACGAAUAAAAUGGUUCAUAAACGAUACACUCGUUAUUGGCGAUUACACGACCGAAAUGGCAAUUUAUUCGGUGAAUCGAAGUCAUCAUAAUGCGGUGGUCAAGUGUGAGGCAACAAAUGAUAUUGGCACAACCAAAGACGAAACUACUUUAGACGUUCAUUAUCCACCAUCGUUUACCGAAACACCAAAAUCGGUGGAAGCGGCUAAAGGAGAUAAAGUCACCUUGAAAUGCGCGGCUGAUGGGAACCCUCUGGAAAUCGUCUGGAUACAUACCUCAAUCGAUGGGACUCCAAAACUGUUCACAGGAAAGAAGAAUCUUGAACUGACCAUUUCAAGUGAAACAGCCGGUCGUUACGACUGUAAGGCCAGUGUACCUGGUUUCCCUGAAAUCAAAUCGUCCGCCGACGUGUUUUUAAAAGGGCCUCCGAAAAUCACGUCAAGCCGCCAACAAUACGGCGCGGUUGGCGAUACAAUCCAAUUGGAAUGUAUGGCCAUCAGUAUUCCACGCGCUCGGCACAUUUCAUGGAGUUUCCAUGGUCGUGAAAUAAACGGAAGCAGUAACCCAGAAUUUCACAUUUUGGAAGAUCCCACCGACCAAGGCAUCAGUUCGAAGCUCAUCAUUCACAACAGUCAAGCAUGGCAUUUCGACAAAUACAACUGUUCGGUGGUCAAUGAUUACGGCACCGAUGUAUUGCAGGUGGAAUUGUUGCACAGUCAAACGGUUUGGCGUUACGUAACAUCGACGGCAAAUUUGCCCAUUUUCAUCACAAUUGCCAUAAUGACGGUUGUCAUUUUGAUGGUAAUCGUGUGUUUUGUUUUCAUUAAAACAAUGGGUCACAAAGCGCGCCAAGUGAAAAAGUCUGAAAAACAAUUCAUUCCACAUGACAAUUACAUGCUGAACUACUCUGAUGAAAACUCAAGCACGGACAAAUGUUGCAAAGAUAGUGAUCGAUCAUCGCCGAGCAGCGACUACAAAAUCAAACAAGGUUCAUCCGAAUCCAAUUAUUCGCUUCCGUCGACCGUUUCCGACAACACACUGCUACAAAUCAUUACGAACAAUGUGAAUGGAAUCCCCUUCGAAAAACCUGUUGCUUACAGGAAAUCAUUGAACUACAGUGAUGAUGAUGCAUAUUACAAGUCCAAGGACGCUCACAACUCAUACGGAUCAAUUACGGCAAUUAAGAAUCGAAAUUCCUUGGACUACGACGACGAUAGAUAUUACAUAGCCAACAAUUUACGGAACAGUCAUUAUGCAUUGCAUCCGAAUCCGAGCCCAGUGCAGAAUCCAUACGUUCAAAAGCCAAUUGUCGUAUCAAACUUUCCAUCCAAUCGACUCUUGAGCCAAAUGAAACGUUCAUCACCUACCAAUUCACCGACAGAUCCAAAACAAGACGUUGGUCUACCGCGUAGCAGCAUCGUCUAGCUCAAUUCAAUUUAAGAAUCAAAGCACUUAUCAAAGAGCAACAAGUCCAAAAGUCAAAGUCGAAUGCGUUCAAUUUGGAUUUGAGCCGAUUGGUUUACGUGAACACGGAACCAAAUGCUCUCAUCAAUAAAUUUAUGUACUAUUCAUCGAUUGUAUCAUAAAUGAGAAAAAAAAAAAACGAAACGAAAAAAAAAUGUUGCAGCGUCAAUGCGAUAUUUAGAUAGAGAUCUCCCUGAAUCAUUAGACAGAACGAUUGCAUUAAAAGCGAGCUCAAAAUGUCACAUCGCGGUCAGAUUAAAAUGCUAUCGAUGGUAUUAUAAAUUAUUCAUAGUGUCCAGUCGAUUAUAGAAAAUGAAUGGGCACACAGUCGGGCUAUCGCUGCAAUUGAGCUAAUAUAGUAUUAGGCAAAGAACAUUAUGACAUCUUCAUUUGAAAUCAUAUAUUAAUAGCAAUACAAACAGAGAACAAAGGAGAAAACAAAUAGCAGCAACGACAACAAAACACACAGCUAUACAUCUAUUUUAAUCCUUAUUCAUUUUAUAAUAUCCAUUUAGCCUAAGAUUUAUUCGUAUUCGGUCAUAAGGAUUAGGUUUUAAUGCUAUUGUAGUCUUGAAUUUUAUUUUAAAAUGAUUAAGUGCUAAACAAUACAUCGUAAUAUGUUAAAAUUCCAUUCGUUAGCUUAUAAAAGGAAUUAUUUCUCGUUUUAAUACAACAAUAACAACAGCAAAUCGUUUCUAAAGAGCAAAAAAAAAUAAAAUUUGUAUAACCUGUGAUAUAAAUCAUUGAUCCUUGUAAAUAAAUGUUAAUCGAAUUUUUUUCUAUAAACAUUCUUGUCUUCGCUCGUUAUUCCAAUUCGAUUCAAACUUUUUUCUUCACUUUUAUUUUUACUCAUAACGAAAGUAUUUGCAAAACUGUGUAAAUAAUUUUAUGCUUUGCAUCAUUUUAAUCAAUUACUCAUUAUUAUUAUGAUUGACGUCAAUUUUAGAAUCAUCGGUAGCGCUAAUUAGCAUCGAUAGGAAUUUAACUUGUUCAACUAUAAAAUAAUUUACACAAACUAGUAAUGAAUGUAUGCAUCAAAUCAAUACACACAACUUAAGCGAAACAACUUGUACAACAUACACUUUUAAAUAAUAAUAAUAAAAAACAUAUUUCUUCAAAA